AUGGAGACACCGAAAGGACCGACACAACUCCAUCUGAGCACCGGCGGUCGGGCCUCGACGAUGCCGGAUGUCUGUGCGACUGUGAGUGGAGUCGUGCGACAGGACGGAGAGGAUCUCCUUACAAAGACAAAUGACAUCAUCAAGGCCCUAUGUAACGACGUCUUAACUAGAGUACACAUCACGGGCGCAUCACGAUUACGGUCGUACAUUCAUGACCGCCCACCCCUGAUAAAGAUCAGCUUCCGUAAUGUUGAAGAAAAUAUCCUCGUGUUACGCAACAAAUAUUUACAUAAACAAAAGGCUCCGUACAAGAAUGUCUACAUCACAAGCAGCAAGUCUCCUGAUGAACGGUUGAUCGCACUAAAUGGACGUACCUUACGAAGUCAACUACCGCUGGGAAGCAACUUCCGAGUAGACGCCAACAGUCGCAUUCGCCCACGGGAAAAUACAGAUCGCCAGGAUCAGCAACAGCGACAGCCCAAGACAGACACCCGUGGUCGUGUGAAUCCAAAUAACUUUACGACUGAAACGGUUUUCACUGAAGACGAGAAACUGAGGUUGGUGGAACACGCAGAAGACUCUGUCAGACUGGGGUACGGCUUCAGUAACACAGCCAUGCAACAGAUGGCAGGCGAGUUGGCGCACCACCUUGGAAAACGCGCUACUGACAAGCCUCUCACACGGACUAAAAAUGACGAGAUGAGGAGGCCAGGCACUGGUGGAGGGCCCCGGGUGAAGAAGUUCCCGGAAGGCAUUCUCCUUGAGCAUUUUGGGGAUUCCGCCUCGCUGGCAGAGGUCCCCAAUUCAAUCAACACUGAUGUUAGCGGGACGGCCGUCGGUGCCUUCGUGGGCGUGUUCAUCGGAAGUAUCAUCGGCUGUUUUCUGGGUGCGAUUACAAAUAAGGCGAGUUUUCGGCUCCCUGCUCGGACCAUUCGUCGGAAAGGUUAUCAUCGUGGCGAUGAUGCGGCGCGUGAUAUAUGCGAUAUUUCUGCAGGGGACCAGUUCAAAUGGGAAAAAACGAGAAAACACAAGGAAUUCUUCCAAGGCGACUCGCCUCACGGCUUGGUGAAAAGAGUCAUGUACAAGAAAUACCUGCAAGCUUACAUUCCAAUGACGCAGAGUGACCGUUUUACUCUCAGAACUGUUAUAAUCGAUGGUUUCGCUGGAGCUGGAAGGUAUUCAAAUGAAUGGCCUAAUGAGUUAGAAAAAUACGGCUCGCCUUUGAUUGCAAUGAUGGUAGUUCUGGAACAUGUUGUGAAGAAAAAAGAGGAAUCACCAGAGCAAAAUAUCGACCCAGUGCCUGUUUUUGGUUGGGAAUCUUCCUUACUUACACCAAUGGAAGAACUAAAAAGCAUGGACAAAGAUCAAAGGGAAACAUGCGUUAACACACAACUGGCAAAAGUCAAACUGAUUUUUAUUGAACAGGAUAAAGAAAAUUAUACAACUUUGUUGUGUAAUAUUGAACUGCUAAUUCUUAAGUUCCUUCAGAGACACUUUCCACAAAUUAAAUAUAAUGUCAUGGAAAGGGAAGGCGUCACAAUGUUUUCAAUUACAACACAGCCUUUCUCUGUCUCCAUAGAGGUACAAAAUUGUUCGUUUGGUGAUUACCAGCCAUCUAGGAGUGAGUUAUUGGACAAAUCUGUACGUAGUCUGACUUUUGUAGAUCCGUUCGGUUACACACACACUCCGAUGGAUCACGUGAAAAAGUUUGCACCCGGUGAAGGCAAUGAAAUUAUGAUCAACUUCAUGAGCAGAGACGUAAACAGAUUUGCAAAAAAACAACCGGAGAAAAUAAGUCAACUUUACGGAUUGCCUAAGUUUGACGAAGUUGCUGAUGACUACUGUAUAGGUCGUCCAAACACUGGCGAACUAGGAGAAUUCAUUAACUACGUUAGAAAUAACAUUUGUCCUGGGGCUCAAGAACAUAGAUCUUCAAUUCAGAAAUGUGUCGACACAUAUGAACUUUUUCUGAAAAAGAAAACUGGGAGCUCCUACUCUCUUGUUUUCGAAGUGCGCGGUGAGGGGAAUUGCAUCAUAUAUCAUAUUGUGUAUAUAACCAAUCACAUCAGGGGAGUAGAAGUGAUGAAGUCCGCAAUGACCAAAUGCAGCACGCAUGAAGAGAAGAUGUUGAUGUCUGAUUAUGACGUUAUUCGGAAGGGUAAUAAAUUGACUUUCCAGAAAACGCAAAAUGAUCAAGCCGUCGCAGAGAAAAUUUUUGAACGAUUUAAGGGGAUGAAAGAUGUAGUUGUGCAAUAUCACGGUAACCAUAAAUACGAAGAAAGUCCAUCCGUUAAGACAUUUGUUUUACUUGAGACAGUUUAUUGCAAGUGGAAAACACCACUUGCAAUUUUGCAAAAAGCAGGAAAAAUUAUUGAUGUCUUAGAAAACGGAAAACCGCAAAAAUCGAAAAAUAAAUUUCCGCACGAGGACAGUGUCACAAAAAAACCGAUAGUCACAAGAAUAACGUUUGCCCUAGAGGCAUGUGAAAUAAACAAUCCAACUAAAGACAAACGCCCUGACACCGAUAACAAAGAUGAAAAGGGGCGAAAAAGACGCAAAAGAGGUCAAAACACGAGCGAAAAAGCGAACACGAAAACAGAGAGUGAAAGCAAAAGGCGAAAGAAAGAAAGCUUUUACGUGGAUGGCGAAAUUAAUGUACUACGAAUGUCGGAAAUAUAAUUUGUGGCGUGGUAAAACAUAUUGAGGUUGUAUUAUGAGAAAAUUAAACUUUAAAAUGAAAGCUUUCAUCAGUUUUUUUAUGGUUGGAAUAGUGUAAGUCGCAUCGAACUCUAGCUUGUUCUUAACACAAUAUGUUUAAACGAAAUCCACGAAUUGGACAUUCAAACACAGUCAGCUCUGGAACAAUUGUUAUGUUAGCCGUUACCACCAACAGGAUCGUCUGCUUUUGUGAAAGAUUAUACAUUGUACUAGUAAUUGUGCAUUCAAUGAAAUCCUUAUUUAUGUUAAUUUAUUUUAAUAAACGCAAUUUAAAAUGA